GCGAAUGCCAAUGAAGCUUACGUUGGAGAAGAAGAAAUUGUCAUUAGCUGCACACCAUGUUCGCAUACAAUGGUUUCUGUACCAAGCAUAUCCGGGAACACCGCCCAACAAAUUCAAGCCCCAUCUAGUCCAAGUAAUGCCGAGUACGUCUCUGCGGUGGCACAGCCGAACGAACUCAGCUCAACAGUGUCCGGACCACGUGAAGAGAGUAGAUCAGGAGGUCGCGACGUUCGAAGACCGCCCGUUCGCUCAUUGUGUGGCAAGGUGUAAGUUUUUUCUUUUCAGGAAUUCGGCUGCUAACCUGAGCUUGCAAGAACCUUACUUUUUUGUUAACUUCUGAUA